AUGAUAGUGGAAAAGCUGACUUGUGCUGUUCAGUGUUAUGACUGGGGAUGUCCAGGUAUUAAAAGUUUGGUGGCGAGGUUCAGGAGUCUUGCAGACACAACUUUUGUAAUAGAAGAUUCCAAACCUUACGCGGAGUUGUGGAUGGGUGUUCACAAAAAUGGACCAUCUUUUUUAAAAUCAGGGAAGCAGUCGUUAGAAGACUUCAUCUUAUCCAACAAGUCUGUUUUGGCGGCUCACGAACAAGGGACGAUACAGUUCCUGUUCAAAGUUCUUUCGGUCAAGAAAGCACUUUCUAUACAGUCACAUCCAAAUAAGAAGAGAGCAGCUGAACUGCAUUUGAAAGACCCGGUUCAUUACCCUGAUGCAAAUCAUAAGCCAGAAAUGGCCAUCGCACUCAGCGAUUUCCAGCUUCUCUGCGGGUUCCGACCGGCUGAGGAGAUAGUGGAAAAUAUUAAAGCUAAUGAAGAAUUUCGUUCACUACUGAAAGACGAAACAGCGAUUCAGAAACUGUUGUCGUCUCUGGAAAGCGAAAGAAAAGCGGCGUUGAAACAAAUUUUCGAAAUAUAUAUGAAGUCUCCGGAAGAACAGGUGUCUACAGCAUGCAGAAAAAUGAUAGAACGUCUAAAAAAAAAAACUCAUCGCAACGAUUUGGAAGAUCUUCUUGUUCGUUUGAAUUCCGAGUUCCCUGGUGAUAUUGGAGUGUUUGCACCUUUAUUUCUUAAUUACUUUACGUUAAAGAAUGGCGAAGCCGUCUUCCUCGGGCCAAACUUGCCACAUGCAUAUUUAUACGGAGACUGUAUAGAAUGUAUGGCAUGCUCUGAUAAUACCGUUCGAGCGGGAUUGACUCCAAAGUUUAAAGACGUCGACAUACUCUGCUCUGAUUUAACUUUUGAAAUGUCACCGCCACCUUAUUUCCACCCAGAAAAGUUGAAUUCUGCAACAACCGUAUAUGGACCUCCAGUUACUGAGUUUAGUGUUCAUAAAAUUCAGUCGGGUGGGGUUUUAGAUCCUCUUGCAACGGAAGCAGAAUUUUAA